UCCAGGGUCCUAGCAGUGGGGCUCGACACCACCUGUGCAUGUACUCACGGCUGCUUGUAACCCAGUCAAGCAUUGCUUCGGACGGCUUUUUGGUGUUCGAUACUCCUCGUGCCGUUUCCGAAUCUCAACACAACAUUCGCUGAACUGCGCAUCAUCCCCAUUCCUAAGAUGAAGUUCACCUCUGCCGUGUUGCUCCUUGCAGUACUGACAGCGUUCCUCGCCAUGACGGCUACAGCGGAGAAGAGUAGCGAGGAGAUGCGUGGUGGAGGCGUAUAUGGCCACGGAUGCCCGGACGCCGAUGAAUGCACCAAAAGCUGCCGAUCAUUGGGUUUGAACGUAGGCAUAUGCCUUGAACCUCUACUGGAAAUCUGUCUGUGCCUUGACAACAGCUCCAGCUCGGAAUAGACCUCGGGUACACGCAGGCUCUAUAGACGUGUCAUGUUUGUCUCA